CUUUAGCCCACUAGUCUCCCCUCCCCCAUACUGGUAUAGUAGAGCGGUGCCGUUGGAGGGAGGUGUACAGUCACCGUCACCGUCUGUCCGGUUUCUCCGUGCUCCUAGUGACCGGCAGGAUAAAGGUUCCUACAAUAUAAGAUCUGCUCGGUGGAUAUCUUCUAAAUAAGAUCCUUCUCCUGAUUGACCCGUCAAGGAUGGAUAGGGACGGAGACAAGAUGGCAGAGAGUAUAAUAAAUCUCACCCUAGAGAUCCUCUUCCGGCUUACUGGAGAGGACUACACAGUAGUGAAGAAGACCUCUAAUGAGCGCUGUCAGGACCCUGUGUCUGAAGGAUGGGGAAGAAAACUGAGCCCAAUCACAGGGCCUCCACCUCACCCCCUGAUGCAUGAGGAAAUCAAUAGAAAGAAAAUCCUAGAGCUCACUAACAAGAUGAUUGAGCUGCUGACUGGAGAGGUUCCUAUAAGGUGUCAGGAUGUCACAAUCCAUUUCUCCAUGGAGGAGUGGGAGUAUUUAGAAGGACACAAAGAUCUGUAUAAGGACGUCAUGAUGGAGGAUCACCGGCCUCUCACACCAACAGUUAAGGAAGAGAUAAGAACACCAGAGAGAUGUCCCAGCCCUCUUCUUCCACAGGAUGGUUCAGAAGAACAUCACAAUGCCCUACAACAUGAUCAGGUAGAUGGAGAUAAGGAUUUCAUGAAGGCGGAUCACUGGCCCCUCACACCAAAAGUUAAGGAAGAGAUAAGAACACCGGAGAGAUGUCCCAGUCCUUUUCUUCCAGAGGAUGGUUUUGAAGAACAUUACAAUGUCCCACAGUAUGAUCAGGUAGAUGGAGAUAAGGACAUUAUGAUGGAGGAUCACCGGCCCCUCACACCUACAGUUAAGGAAGAGAUAAGAACACCAGAGAGAUGUCCCAGUCCUCUUCUUCCACAGGAUGGUUUUGAAGAACAUUACAAUGUCCCACAGUAUGAUCAGGUAGCUGGAGAUAAGGACAUUAUGAUGAAGGAUCACCGACCCCUUACACCUACAGUUAAGGAAGAGAUAAGAACACCAGAGAGAUGUCCCAGUCCACUUCUUCCACAGGAUGGUUUUGAAGAACAUUACAAUGUCCCACAGUAUGAUCAGGUAGAUGGAGAUAAGUAUAUUAUGAUUGAGGAUCACCGGCCCCUCACACCUACAGUUAAGGAAGAGAUAAGAACACCGGAGAGAUGUCCCAGUCCUCUUCUUCCAGAGGAUGGUUUUGAAGAACAUUACAAUGUCCCACAGUAUGAUCAGGUAGAUGGAGAUAAGGACAUUAUGAUGGAGGAUCACCGGCCCCUCACACCUACAGUUAAGGAAGAGAUUAGAACACCAGAGAGAUGUCCCAGACCUCUUCUUCCACAGGAUGGUUCAGAAGAACAUUACAAUGUCCCACAGUAUGAUCAGGUAGAUGGAGAUAAGGACAUCAUGAUGAAGGAUCACCGGCCCCUUACACCAACAGUUAAGAAAGAGAGAAGAACAUCGGAGAGAUGUCCCAGUCCUCUUCUUCCACAGGAUGGUUCAGGAGAACAUCACAAUGUCCAACAAGAUGAUAUGGUAGAUGGAGAUAAGGACGUUAAGAGGGAGGAUUACUGGCCCUUCACAUCAGCAGUUAAGGAAGAGAGAAGAACAUCAGAGAGAUGUCCCAGUCCUCUUCUUCCACAGGAUGGGUCAGAAGAACAUCACAAUAUCCCACCAGAUGAUCAGGUUCUGAAUCCGAGUGAAGAUCUGAACAUUAUAUAUGUUACAGAGACAUAUGUGAGGGAUGAUGAGCAGAGUAUAGAGGAGAUUCCUACAGAUAACCGCCCAGAUGACUGUACCAGGAGCUCAGAUGGACAUUGGAUUACUUUAGCUUUGGAUGCAACUGCUCAUGAUAUUACCCAAGCAACAUAUGAAGCUAUACCCGCACCCCUCAGCCCAGAUUUUUCAUUUGAUCCAAUUCCGCAGGCCCAAUCUUCUGAUUCAUCACAGACUGUAACUCAAAAUAAAAGCGGUAGAAGUUCUGACACGAGAGCUGACACGAAGAUUAAGUUGUUUUCAUGUUCAGAAUGCGGAAAAUCGUUUAACCAUGAAUUAGAACUUCUUCAACAUGAGAGAAGCCACACAGGCGAGAAGCCGUUUUCAUGUUCGCAAUGUGGGAAACGUUUUGCUUUCAAAAAAACUCUAGUUGCACAUGAAAAGAUGCACAUUGAAGAGAAGGCACAGAGGAGUCACACAGGGAACAAGCCUGUCUCAUGUCCUGAAUGUGGGAAAAUUUUUCUCAGAAAAUCAAAUCUUCUUAAACAUCAGAGAAUUCACACAGGAGAGAAGCCAUUUUCAUGUUCUGAAUGUGGGAAAUUAUUUAUCAAUAAAUCAAAUCUUAUUACACAUCAGAGAAUUCACACAGGGGAGAGGCCAUACGUGUGUUCAGAAUGUGGGAAAUGUUUUACUCAGAAAUCGGAUCUUGUUAGACAUUGGAGAAUUCACACAGGGGAGAAGCCAUAUUUGUGUACAGUAUGCGGAAAAUAUUUUUCUCGGAAAACAUAUCUUUUUGAUCAUCAGAAAACCUUUCACAAUGGAAAAGGACAUUUAUGAAUGUGGGAAACAUUUUACCCAAAAAUCACAUCUUUUCAUCUUCAAAGAACUUAAGCAGGGAUGUACUCAUUUUUUUUUUUUUUUAACUAGCAUGUCAUGCAACAGAAAGGAAAGGCAAUUAAGAGCAGUAAAUUAUAAUUAUGAAAUGUAUGCAUUUGAGAGGUCCUUGACUGCCGUGGGCCUACAGGUGAACUUUCUGUUAGUUCGCAACUCAAAGGUAUUAUCCGGGUUCAGAGCUGAACCCAGACAUACCGUUAUUUUUGCCCAGACAGCACCCCUAAGGGCUAGCAUCGGAGCAUCUCAUCCUCCGAUGCGCUCUCUUGCCCUGCGAUUGCGCAGGGCACGGGCUCUUUUGUUUAUCAUAACACACUGCCGGGCGGAGGCUUCCUCCCAGCAGUGUGUUCGGUGACGUCCUACUGACUAGGGCAGCGCUAAAGCCCACUUAUCAGUGCCGGUGA